AUGCCGUCAUGAAUACCAGGCACAGCGACAACCGCUGCCCUGGAGCUGAGUUUAAAUGAGAUACAAUACAAGACGGGACAGGAAUUAAUUUUCACUCCUGUGUCAACAUCUAUGACACACUACACCAACCUACUGUCAACUUCAUGGCAGUCACUUCAUGAAACAGAGUAUGAUAUAGAAAUAGAGUAAUCACAUCAGUGUAUAAGAGAUCCAGGUCCUAACCUUCCAGACAUUGUCAUGUGAGAGCAGUAGAGUAGAGGUGGUGUGCUGCAGUAGAGACAGCUUCUGUUUCAGAGAAUCCUCUCGACGCAGAGCCUCCUAUGGAAAGAGAUGCACCAUAAUACAAGCCUGAAAUAUGAGUGGUAUCGGCUUUGAAGUAGAAGAGACAAAUACACUUAUCCACAACAAAUAACACAGAAAAUACAUUGGCGGAUACAACAGUUGUGUGAACAAGGUGUUUAAGGAUGUACAGGACUAACAGUCCCUAUGGCUUUGACUCGAGCAGUUACGCAGGAUCUGUCCAGUCCAUCCAGUCCAAUGGCUAUUCAGUGGAUGAUCGGUCAUCACAGAUAUCAAAUCUGUCCAGGCCAAGUGCCAAGUCAAUAUAUAUGCAGAGGAAGGAGUAUGCAGACUCUAUCACCAAGAUUAUGGACAAAUUCCAUUAUAGAGUAGAGCAUCUGUUCACCUGUGACCUGGAUGGUGGGGAGGUGUGUGAUGUGAAUGACUGUGUUGAGAGGCUGAAUAUACUGGAUGGGAUGGGUAGGGUGUGGGGGCAGGACAUGGUCCUGGAGGUGCGGGAUGGGAACCUGCUGCUAACAGACAUCGAGACCAAGGAGGAGCUGGAGUCCCUGCCUCUGAGCAGCAUUGUGGAGCUGAAGGCUGUGAUGGACAGCUGUGUGUACAACUCUCUGCUGACCUUGACCGUCAAGGACCACAGCAAGAGGACCACCAGUGUCUUCAUGUUCCAGUGUGAGGACCUCCGGGCCGAUUUCAUAAAACGGGACCUAGAGAGAGCACUCCCUCACCAGAGAGAUGACUUUAGCAAUCACAGCAACAACAGCAGGGUCAAUCUAGAAGUUAUGUCUGGCCAUCAAAUUGUUAGGAAUCAUCAGAAAACUGGCCCACCCCCUGAGCAGAGAGAAUGGACUCCUCCAGAAGAACCCUCAGCUCAAUGGAGCGCACCGGACUAUGAUGAAGAUCCUACACCUACACCGCCCAUGCCCAGAGAAGAGCCCUCUCCUCACAGGAAGGAAACCUCAGUCCAACCCCUCUUUAUGGAGGACAAGCCCGAGACAGCCCCUGUCUCACAUCCACGCCCAUACGCAGAGACUGAUAGAAAUGUGGACAUCUUGAAUCAUAUUUUCAAUGAUAUUGAGAUGUUUAUGGGCCAAGUCGCUGCUGUAGCAGCCAAAGCCGAGAUGAAAAAAAAGAAAAAAAAGAAGAAGAACAAGGAUAAAGGCAUUGACGGCAUGCCACCAGCAGAGGAGUUUAAAACCUGUCUCCAUAAAAUCAAAUACGGGUUCAACCUUCUGGGGGAGCUCAAUGGAAAGAUUAAUAAUCCCAGCGCUCCGGAAUUCGUCCACUGCCUCUUCUCCACCCUGGCAUUUGUGGUAUCCCACUGCCCUGAGGAGCUGCCCCCCACCAUCGUGGCGCCCCUGCUGGAGCCUGAGUGUAUCCGUCUGCUGAGUGAGGAAGCCACCCCUGAGGAGGACCAGCUGUGGCAGUCACUGGGAGACGCCUGGAACAUCCCCAGUACAAAAUGGCCCGAGGAUGAUGAGGACAUCCCUACCUACACUCUGGAGUUCUGCGAUGGUUGGCAGCCCCCAGAGGUGACCCACUCUCCCCCAGGGAGAGAGCCAGAGAAGAGAGAACCAGAGAGGAGGCAGCAGAGUCAGAAUCAGAGUCAGAGUCCAUUCUCCACCCCUGAAAAGAGUUCGGCCCAAUGGAAGCCUUCACCAUCACGUCCAGAUGAGCCAAACUCCAGUUACAUGCGUGUGAUGUAUGACUUCACUGCAAGGAACAACAGAGAGCUGAGCAUCUCCAAGGGAGAAGUGGUUCAGCUACUGGACAUGUCCAAGAAAUGGUGGAAAGUAAGGAGCGACAGAGGGGAGCAGGGAUUUGUGCCCAACAACAUACUGGAGUCAGUGGACAAGGAGCAGGAAAAGCAGGAAACCAGUGGUCCUCCCUCCCUAACCAAGAGGUCCAAGCCUGAUCAAGUGAAGGCCUGGCUGGAGCACAAGGACUUCAGUAAAAUCACGGUGCGCUGUCUGGGUGUGCUGAGUGGCUCCAUGCUCCUGGGGAUGACAAGAGAGGAGCUGAAGAUUGUGUGUCCUGAGGAGGGGGGCCGGGUCUUCUUCCAGCUCCAGAACAUCAAGUCUGCCAUGGCUCUUGCCAGUGAGGUAAGGCCCAUAGAGCCUUAGGACGGCAGAAGACAAGAUGACCAGAGAGUCACAGACGAGUCGGGACACAGACGAGUUUCAACCCUUGAGCUUCAAGCUAUACAUUUCCGCUGUGCAGUAGAGAAAAUAGUGAUUAUAUCCACUGAAAACAAAGUAAGCAGAGUUUAGUUAGAAGUAUGUAGGACGAACGUAUCAAAGCUCGUGUUAGUUACAUUUAGUAAAAAAUACGAUUUGUGCAUUUGAUCAGAUCCAAUACUUAAAGACAGAUUCUCUCUAUAUAUAUUCUGUAUCAACUGUGUUAACUUAAAUAUGUUUAGCAUAUGUAUUGUAUCAAACCAGUGUUGAUGCCACUUGAUUCUAUGAUUGAUCUUGAUUAAUUUAUUAAAGUCACCAUUUAUACAUGUAGAAAUGUAUGUUAAGUGUUAUAAUACUUUAUGUAUCUUGUUUUUGAUGUAUCUGAAAUGUAAUCAAUUGAUAUACAUUUUAUUUUGGUAGUGAUAUGUAUGGACAUGUAAGUCCGUCUGUAUCUCUGUAAACUAAUCAUGUAUCAUGUAUCUCAAUGUUGGCUCUGUCUAUCCAUAUAAAUCACUUGUAUUAUUUGA